CCGCCCCGCCCCGCCCCGCGCGUGCGCACAGCGCUCUUUCGCGUCCGCCCUUUUUCGAGAUUUGAAUUUCCCCCAGCCGAGCCCAGGAUAGGCGAAAUACCCGGAUGGUGAGCACUGGGCCUUUUCGCGCCAAUAUUGAAAAGGGUAGAGCGCGUUUCCGCUUGAGCUGGCCAGUCAGCAAGACCCUGCCCUCCUCUAGCCUGCCACUCACUUGGGCGACAAGGUCCCAGUGUCUUCCCUGGAAACCACGAGGACUGCUUCCUGCUGGCUCAGCCUGGAGGCCCCGGAGGGCUUUGCGAAAGUGAGCUGUCUGAGUUCCAAAGUGCCGCCGUCUGGAGUUCCGGCCCACCAUGAAGCUCUGCGCAGGCCAGGCGUUCCUCCACGUGGCCGCCGCCACCUGCCUCUUGGCGGCCACGGUUGCCCUGGGGGUCUUCGAGGGCGUCCUCGUGGAGGUGGGCUACGAGCACUACGCAGAGGCGCGGGUGCCACACCUGCCUGUAUUUGUGACCAUGCCCUUUAACUCGCUGGUGAACCUGGCUUAUGGGCUCCUAGGACUGUACUGGCUGCAGAGCGGCAGCCCCGGGGGCCCGGCCACCCAGGUGCAAUACCUGAAGGAUGUCUUCGCCGCCAUGGCCCUGCUCUACGGCCCGGUACAGUGGCUGCGCAUCGCGUCCCAGGCGCGCGCCGCUGCCCUGCUGGACCAGUGGGUCACCCUGCCCAUCUUCGCGUGGCCCGUGGCCUGGUGCCUCUGCCUGGAGCGCGGCUGGCGGCCGCGGCUGCUGCUUGCUGUCGAGGGUCUCUCGCUCUGCAGCUACGGCGCGGUUCUGCUGCACCCGCGGGGCUUCGAGGCAGCGCUGGGCGCACACAUUCUGGCGGCGGUGGCGCAGGCCCUGUGUGUCCAGCGCCACCGCGGCAGCCCCUCCUCGGGUGCCUACUUGGCCCUGGCCGUGCUUUCCUGCUCGGGCUUCGUGGGCCUCAAGCUCUACGACCACGAGCUGGCGCGCUGCCCUCUCUUCCGGCGUCUCACUGGCCACUUCUGGUCCAAAGUCUGCGAUGUGCUUCAGUUCCACUUCGCCUUCCUGUUUCUGAUGAGUGUGAGUGCCCGCCCGGGGCCGCUGACUGAGGGCAAGGCCCGCUGACACGGCCCGGCACACGCGGGGCUGGGACGUGCUCUGCUGCGGUCUGGGAGUGGGCACGGGCUCAUCUCACCCUGCCACCCUGUGACAUGUUUCAUAAUAAAGUGCGAGCAGGGGGUGCCA